AUGGUCUCGCAGCGGUCGGGGCUCGACGUGAACAUCAGCCCCGCCCUCGCGAGGCCGCCGAACAGCGCGCCGCGGAGGCGAGAUACGGUGUUGUCUGGGGGGACGUGCGCGACCACCCGGACCUUGGGGUCGGGGGAGAAGGCGAUUGAAGACCGGUUGAAGCCAACGCUGGAUUCGGCGAUCAAAGAGCGGGACAGCGCGGCGGUGAGAGCGAAGAGCCACGGAUGGUCGCUGAACAUCGCGAUCGGCGCGCAGGUCGUCCUCGGCGCGCUCACCACUGGGGUGGCCGCUGCGACGACCGGGCGACAGACCUCGAUCGCGACGUCGAUCCUCGGCGGGAUGUCCACGCUCGCCGCGUCGUACCUCGCGAAGGCGCGCGGGUCGAACGAGCCCGAGGCGUCGCAGCGGCGCGUGCAGGACCUCGAGUCCUUCGUGCGCGACUGCGAGGCGUUCGUCAUGGACCACGGCCACCUCGUCACGUCGGACUACGACUGGAUGAUCGACCGCUACCGGCGCCGGUUCGAGGAGAUCAUGGGCAACGGCGCCGAGGGCGUGCAGGAGGAGGCCACCGCGAACUCGGCCAAGAUCGGAGGCGGGCACGGCGGGGGCAAGACGAAGGGCGAGCACGCGAUGUCUUCUGCGUGA